UAUAGGUUAAGCCUUUCACUGUUGAUUUCAAAAACCGAUUUCCUUUCUCGGGUCUCGUCAUGCGAGGGAUCCUUACUCCGGUUAGAAAGUUCAUCACUUUUAGGACGCUGACCGCGUCACGUGUCACCUCGGAGAUUCACCGAGUUCGCGAGUUAACGUGACAGAUUAUCAGAACUAAGUAGGAUCCACUUCAUAGCACUGACCGUUUCGAUUGUUGUCGGCUAACCGGCAUUAUUUGUGCUCGACUGUAUUUUGUGAAAGAAGAUAUAUCAUUGUUGAAAAUUGUAAACUUCGGAGUGGUAUAUAUAUAUUUACAUUGCUUGUACGAUUGAAAAAUUACAUCCACAAAGAUGUAUGCAUUGUAAUGAUAAGAAUGAAACUCCUGGUGAGAACAGCAUGAAAAUUGUAAUAUAAGUAAAUUUAUAUCCUGGACAAAUGGAUUUUAAAAUCCAGCCAUGCGUGCAAUAGAAGCACUAAAUCGCUGACAAGUGUUCGUUUAUAUGUGACUGAAACGAUUAUAACAAAUGUGGGUUAACGUAUGAGAGCUCGAAGAUUAUUCGCUUUUCUUUGAUCAGUAUCAAUAUUUUUGACUGUCCUUCUACAGUAUUAUGAUACCACUAACUUGAAGACUGUCAAGAUCCAAUGCUUGCAUUUAUUCAAUAAAUUGAAAGGUAUUUUUUCGAACGACUGUGAUAAAGUAUCAUCAUCAUGGAAUUGAAGAGCGAAAAAGUUGAACAUGGAGAGAAUCCAAAAACAGUUCGAGUUGUAUUUUUUUCAUUAUUACUAGAUCUACUAGCAUUUACCAUGAUUUUACCACUACUACCAGCAAUUUUGGAUCAUUAUAAACAAUUAGAUGAUAAGAGAGGACUAUACUCUUUAAUUCUUGAACAAAUCCAACGUGUACAACUUUACCUCAAUGCUCCUGACAGAGUAAAUUCAGUUUUAUUUGGAGGUUGCCUUGGCUCACUAUAUUCCUUCAUGCAAUUUUUGGGAUCACCAAUUAUAGGAGCCCUGUCCGAUGUUUACGGAAGACGACCAGUUAUGUUGCUAUGCUUAAUAGGCAUUACAAGCUCUUAUGUUCUGUGGGCUCUCUCUCAUAAUUUUCUUAUAUUUGUCUUGGCAAGAUUCAUCGGUGGCCUUAGCAAAGGCAAUAUUAACUUAUCCAUGGCUAUCAUCAGUGAUGUCACGUCUUCAAAGACAAGAGGACGAGCUAUGGCUCUAGUAGGUAUAGCUUUCUCAAUUGCGUUUGUUGUGGGUCCAAUGAUCGGGGCAUUAUUCGCAUGGAACUCAAGCAAAUCCCGAGAAGGCUAUUGGUUUGCAAUCCCAGCUUCCUUUGCUCUUUUACUUUCUAUUAUCGAUCUUCUUUACAUCGCCUAUAAUUUAGAAGAAAGUUUACCACUCAAGUAUCGAGCUAAAUCUCUUGCCAGUGGAAUUCAGGAUGCUAUUGCUUACAUAAAUCCCAUGGAUUUGUUUCAAUUUAACGGCGUUUCUGGCUUAACAAGUCAUGAAUUACACAGUUUGAGAGUCCUGGGACGAUGUUACUUUCUGUACUUAUUUAUCUACAGUGGACUAGAAUUUACAUUAACGUUCCUGACCCAUCACUUUUUCGGGUUUACUAGCAUGCAACAAGGCUGGAUGUUUCUUGGAAUUGGAUUAACAAUGGCCAUAUUACAGGGCAGUUGGGUGCGAAGAAUACCGUCGCAUAAAACCAAAACUGUGGCAGAAUUGGGACUCUGGUUAAUUAUUCCAGCAUUCAUUUGUGUAGGGUUAGCAAAGGACAAAUUAAUGCUCUAUCUCGGUGUCUUCCUCUUUGCAGUUUCAACAGCUAUGGUCGUAACUUGCAUGAUGACCCUAGUUACACAUACUGGGCCAGAAAAUCAAAAAGGAAUAAUAACUGGUAUUUUCCGUUCUCUGGGUGCCUUAGCUCGUGCUUGCGGACCUAUCGUUACUUCCAUAGCCUUUUGGAGCAUCGGCAGUACCAUUACGUACUUAAUCGGUGCAGCCGCCCUUGUUAUUCCUCCUUUGAUACUUCGAAGUAUACAUUUUACGCAAACUUAAAUGCCAUCAAAGACGAUGUCGGU